CUUUCCGCGACAAAAGCGAGGGCGCGCGGAAUUUUGAUAGAGGAAMAGCAAUCAUUAGUUUUGCUUAACUUUAGCUUGUUUGUGUUUAUUUUAAAGCACUUUACCGAAUAUGAGGACGUUAGAGGAGGUGCAGGCCACGCUGGAAAUCGCCAAGCUAAAAGAGGAAGACUUAAACCCAACAAUCCACUGCUUGUCGUUCGGUGAGAACGUCUCAUCUGCAGAUUACUGUCUGAUGGAACUGGACGACACACUCUGCAGACACAUCGAAGCUGGCGACAGCCUUGUAAUCCGGGGGGAUAAAGAUGAGCGUGCAGUGCUUUGCAGCAGAAACMAAACCUACGAUCUGAAAAUAGCCGACACCUCUAACCUGCUGCUGUUCGUACCUGGAUGUAAAACACCUGACCAGCUGACCGAGCACCAGGACGGGCCUCGCGUGGAGCACGCUCAGAUCUGGGGGUUUUGCAACAGCUACUGGGAGCUGAGAAAACAGCGGCCAAAACUGAAGAAGCUGAAGAAGCUUUUGAUGGAAAAUCCAUACGAAGGUCCUCUAUUAGCGGGGCAAGAGGAGGUCACAGAGAACAGGUACACGAUGCAGGAUCUACUGGAGAGAAUCCAGGCCAGUGAGGUGGAAAUAAAGGACCACUUGGUGACCAUCCACGCCUGUCAGAUAGAUGGAUACUGGCGAGUGCUGGACUUGGACUAUGAGAUGAAGCUGCUCAGUCACGUGACUCAGCUGGUGGAUUCUGAGUCAUGGUCYUUCAGCAAGGUCCCCCUUCAAACCAGUCUUGAGGAACUUGCUCCGCUGGAGCCCAGAGAGAUGAUCGAGCACUGUUUGAGCUGCUACGGGAAGYGCUUCACCGAAAACGACGAGGUGUUUUAUGCGCUGGAUGAGGAUAAGGUGUGCCGCGGUCUGGCCCUGCUGCUGCUGCAGAACGCUGUCAAGUUCAACCUGAAGGAGUUUCAGGACGUCUGGCAGCAGAGCGUCCCCGAGGGCAUGAGAACCAGACUGGACCAGCUGAAGGGAGUCUCUCUGGUGGACCGCACCUCCCACCCAGAGACCAUCAGCCUGCUGCAGGUGGAGGAUCUCCCAGAGGACACGUUGGAGCGCUUCAACCACCUCUUCUCACUCAGAGAGAAGUGGACAGAAGAGGACAUCACACCAUACAUACAAGACCUUUGUGGAGAGAAACAGAGCACCGGAACCCUCCUGACCAAAUAUGCUCGGUCCUCAAUGCAAAACGGAAUCAAAGUUUUCAACUCCAGACGACCUGUGGCCACAUGAACAUGUCAGCUGUUCAGCUGUGGAGAUUUAACUCUUUUCCAAUGCUGAACUCAGAUUACUUCAAAUGUAAUGCGAGUCGUUACUUCACUGCUGUCCGUCUGCAGAAUCCUGUGAAAAUUCACCUGAAAUAAAAUAGUUUAAUAUUUCUGGCA